GUUCUGUCUGUGUGUAUCAACGACUAAGCGGGUAUAAAACGAGUGUAGUGGCCGUUUCGCGGUACUCGGCCGCGCAAGGUCAAGUGUGAGAGUCAUUGCUCUGUGCAUCGGUGCCGAGCUUCCCUGCAGCUUUGACGAUUAAAAAUGGCUAGGACUAUAAUUUUGGCAUGUCUAAUAUGUUUAACAAGUCAGGCAUUAGCAAUCAGUGAUGACAAAUUUAUCAAGAAGUACGCUAUGAUGAAGAUUUAUGAAAGCUGCUUUGGUCCCGAAGUAGUGAAGCAACUUCGGCAAGAAAUGAAAGAUGCGGUCGCAAAAUGUUGUGCAACGCCAUCUCUCGACGAACCGUCGAACGACUUGCCAAACGAUCCGCCGAACCAACAGAGCUUGCCGUCCAUCUUGUUUGGCAAACUUCCACCUGGGUUCGCUAUGGACCCGAGUACCCAAACCAUCACCAGGCCGCUAGAUGGCGCUCAUAAUGUGGAAAAUAAUAAUUUACCACAACCAGAUCAAGGGCAACAACUGCAGAAAAUUCCAUCAAUUGGAAGCAUGCUACCGUUUAGAUCACAAGGGCCCUUCCAACCCCAAACCCCCUACAUGACGCCGGGUCAGUACCGCCCCCUGGCGCCGCCGUACUACCAGUACCCAUACAACCCCAUGCUGUACUCGCCGCCGGGCCUGCCCUUCAACCCCUACUACCAGCAACAACAACCCUUCCAACAGGGCAUGUACCAACCACCAUACUUCGCAGGAAGCAGCAGGAUGUCUCGCGACUUCAACAUCCAACGCGACGAGCCGCGCGAUCGUCUUGAACUCCUCCACCACCGCUCCGCCGCCGUCGGGCGCGUCCGCAACAUCACGUGCGUCAUGCAGGAGCUGGGCUACGUUGACCACAAUCUGCAGCCCAACUACGAGCAGAUCACCAAGCGCAUCAGCAACCUGCCCGUCUCCGCCGAGCUGAAGGGCGACAUCCAGGACGGGAUGCAGUUCUGUCAGAAGUUCUCGCAAUGUGUGCCAGACAUCAAGCGCGACAUGGCGCCGCUGUCUCAAGAGCUGAUCAAACCGAUGUUCUUCUUCCGUUGCUACAAGCACAAGAAAUUGGAAGCGUGUAUCAUGAAAGACAUUCGCGAACGGUUCACGUCUGAAGAUGAGCUUGAUACUGAAGGCGAUUUCAGGUCACUGUCGAGGUCAGCAAGGUCGGUGCGAGAGGAUCCCCUGGGUGACCCUCGUCUCGAUGCCCUGGAUGAGAUGGCUGCCUACAUGUAUGACUUCCUCAGCGGCGGGAGCAGUCUUGACUACGAUCUCUAUUUGUAAUUAUAUUAGCUAUAGGCAGAUGAACGGAGUCCUCGCCAGAGCGGUACACCCAGUGGCGUGCAUAGGUAUUGUGACCAGGGUAAGCACGAGUCAUAUAAAAAGCAGGACAUAUGACUAAGAAUGUAGGGAGAUACGUAUGACGUAUGGCGAGAACUAAUUUGCCUAUGUGUUUGCCUAAAUUGCCUUGAGAAUUUUCUUUUUCUGGUUGAUGGAAAAUUCCUUUAUACGUAUCGAUCUUCAUUUUCGAAGAUUUUUAGAUAUUAUUUUUGCAUUUUAAGCAACUUUGAUAAUAGUUCUUAUUUAAAUAAUUUUUUAGUUUAAAUCAUAUUGACUUCUAUAUUUUUAUUUAAUUAGUGAAUAGGGUAUAAAGCCAAUUUCUGAUGCUCAAAUAGUUUAGCAUAAUACUAUGCCAUUGAAUGCAUUUAUAGAUAAAUAAUUAAUUUAUAAUUAUAUAAGUUAUUUUAGUAUAUUAAUAACAGUUAACAGCGGUCUCUUCUCUCGUUUAUAAUUGAAAACAAUUUUACAUGGGUGUUAAUUUUUUCAUCUUAACAAUGUUUGCUCACCCUGUUAACACUACACUACUGCUGGUUUAGGCACUAUAGACCGAGUAGAAUUAUAUUAAUUUUACAUUAAGUAUAUCCUAAACUGCACAUAAGAUUAGAAGGCUAUUUAUACAAAUACAUAUCUUCAAAAAAUUGUUUUGAUUUUGAAUAUUGAUGAUUAAUAAUAACAAUGCUCAUGUUUUACUUUUAAACUUUAAAUAUUUUUUUAUACAAAAUACUUACUUUAUUACAGUUUAUAAUAGAUAUUAUAAAAAAAUAAAAAGAAGUUAAGCCUAGCUUAGCGGUGAGUGUAGCCUUAAUGCUAAAUAGCCUGAAUUUUCCAAAAUAUACAAACAUACUUUUUUCCAUUCUGACUGAAAUUUCCAUAAAUAUAUUAGCGUGUAAACAAAUAAACAAAAGUCUCUUCAGCUUAAAAUAUGACAUGAGUUUUAGAUGAUAGAGGAUUAGAUGUACGAAAUAGUUUUUUUUGUAAUUAUUUUUUAUAUGACAAUGGAGUUGUAGAAGGAAGUUUGCUUAAGUUAUAUUACGAGUAAAAAUGUAUACCUACUUUUCAAAAUUACUUGAGUAAGUAAGUAUUAUUUUUUCACAAAAUAAAAUUAAAAAUAAUUUAAUGUGGGUAGUGGGUAUCUACUACGUAGGUAUAUACUUAAUAAUAUAAUUUACAGCAAACGCGUGUUUUUGUCCAAAAAGCCUUUGAAUAAGCUUUUUCGAUGACAACAAUAAAUUACUUGUAUUUUUAACAAAAUUUAUAAUAUUGUUUAUUAAAUAAUUUAUCACCCCUGGAGAUUACACUUGCAUUUGUUAGAAACUAAGUAAAUUGUGUAUAAUUUAAGUUUAUUUAAUAAUACAUAAAUUAUGUAAGCUUUUGAAAGGGUUAAUGAAUAAAGUUUAAUUUGUG